AUGUUCCCUCUGCCACAGGAGUCCUUGUAUUUAUUUCAAGUUAGUAUGAGUGAGAACCUAACUGACGAAUCUACAAUAUUCAGGUGGGCUGAAGCUGCUGUGUUCGUCGACUUCUUUGGUUGGUUCAAGGAUGGCUCCGAUGUCUUCCUAGCCAUGGAAUAUGUAUCGCUUGGAGACCUGGAGAAAAAUGUAUUGGCGAACUCAGGGAAAAUACCAGAGCUGGAAGCUAGAAGUAUCGCGGAGCAAAUACUUUCCGGCCUGGAGAUCAUGCAUGCAGAGUCAUUUGCACAUCGAGAUCUAAAACCACAGAAUGUUCUAGUCGUCAAUGGAAGUCCUGACUGGUGGGUCAAGCUUGCAGAUUUUGGACUGAGCAAGAGAUUGACGGAAAGUACUGCGUUUAAUACCAAAGGUGGAACGCAAUCGUAUAUGGCGCCGGAAAUUCUCAAUUACCUCAACCUGGCGGAAGGUAGUGAACAGUAUACGAACUCAGUUGACAUCUGGGCCGUCGGAUGCAUUGUUUAUCGUCUCAUUACUGGCGGAGUCCCCUUCCCUCCGGGCAAGUCCUUGGUCAAAUACUGCGAGGACAAAUCCCUUUUCCCCUACGAUGCGCUUUUUGACAGUGGUAUCAAAAGCGAGGGAUCGAAAUUCUUAAGAAAGCUCCUCAAUGCUUUACCUGAAGAGCGGCCAUCUGCCUCUCAAGCCUUGCAGCAUUCAUGGAUCGUUUCUAAUGCUCAAUGUAAUAGAAUGAUAUCUCUGUCACACUCAAUUUCCAACCCAAGCACAGGAUCCAAAUCGGAAGGGAGUUCAUCUGAUUUUGGAGUGCAACUUCAAGAUAUCAGCACACUAAGUGGCCUUACUGAACUAAGCGUUUCGGACACAGGCUAUGCGACAGUAACUCAUGAUGGACUGAGAUCAUUCGCCUUGUCUUCGAAAGCACCAUCCGGUCUUGUUGAUGAUAGCUCCCAACUGACAGUAUCCGCCAUUCGAAGGAAGCCAGUGGCUGCCGUAGUGUCGGACGAAACGGUCAAACCAAUAACCCAGUCCAGAGCCGUUCUGCGUGGUGCUCGAAGUCAUAGCUUUGGUCAAGUUCUCACAGUGCCUGAACCGGCGCCUUGGCUGAAGUUUGAAUAUGGUGAAAUGGAAUCAAAAUUGGUUGAAAUGAUCGAGGAACAUAUGUUUCGGUUGGAAGCAGACCCGAACUUCCAUCAUGAACUCAGGGAGACGCUUCAAGAUACCGCUCGACUAGAUGCCAUUCUAUCACAAAGCUGUUAUAACAAGAUGGAACUACGAGAUGCUUUGAAAAACAAUGCUAUAGCGCGAUUAAUACUAGAUAUCCGGGGACUCGAACGUGCUAUUGGAAAGCUCCGCAGUGGUGCGACUGUUGAUGUCCGCCCUCUCACACUGGUGUUAGAGUUCUUGAGAACUGCAAUGAUCACCGAGUCAAGCCCCGAUCUAAGUGACCUUGCCUCCCCUCAACCACAUCAACUGCAGGAGCUCAGGCGCCAAGUCCCUCGUGAGCCACAGUCUAUGAUUAGUUCUGGCUCAGCUAUUUCGACAGCAACAGUUUGCCCGUUUGCAGUGCGCACCAAAAAAGACUGUACCUCUAUCGAACCCGGAACUCUACAAUUCAAGACUGGAGAAAUUAUCCUAGUUACCGACGCCUCUGCAAACCCUUGGUGGUAUGGCAUUCUCAAGGGACAAAAGGGAUACUUUGAAGCAUGUCUGGUCAAUCGUAUACCGGUACCCACAACUGAAGCGCUGCGUCACGACAGGAACUCCCAUGUUCGAGCAAUCUUCAACUACACGGCGUCAGAUCCGAGCGAACUAUCUUUCAAAGAAGGAAAUUUGCUUCGGCUAGUGGAAGCUGCAUUCAAAGACUGGUGGAAAGGGGAGAUCGAUGGACAUUUUGGGAUCUUUCCUCUGAAUUAUGUCGAAGUUUUCUCACCAGGUACUAUGUCAGAGGAAACGAUUCCAGCCACUGUGGAAGCCAAACAUGAUUUCCCCCAGGACAUGGACCUUACCACUGCCUCCUCACACUAUCAACCGUACAGACCGCCCUCGGAAGCCUCAGAUAUGGGAAAGCUUACUGUCGAGAUAGAGUCUGCAUCGCGUCUGCUUGUUGAUCGAAUGCUUGUAGGGUGCGAAGUCUCUCAUGGCGACCACAUACCAUUCUAUGUUACGCAUACUGUGGAUUCCAUGAACCCUCUGAUUUGGAAUGAUUGUUUUACGAUAGAUAUCCGCUCACGAAGAAUGGAGGACCUGACAUUUACUCUGGUUUUAUCUCAUUUGAAUCUACUAGGAUCCUACGAAUGGUACAGACCUCCAAAGCUCCUGAAGUUUCCUCGACCCGACUUGACUCAACUCGAGCCCUGGCAGAGACAGACAUUUCGGUUGACCCCCGCGAUGGCUUCUACUACCUUAGAUAUAGCAUUGACUUUCGUGCCUUGCACUCUAACUGAACCGCGCAAACUUGUGGGUGGGAAAGGACCUGUUCUUCCCUUGGAGCGCGAACCAUAUAUCCGGGAAAAGCACUAG